AUGGGUAAUAACCUUCCAUCUCAAUCAGAGACAAUCACUCUCUUCAAACAAAACAACAUCAAACGCAUUCGUCUCUACGAUCCAAACCAAUCCGCUUUAAACGCUCUUAAAAACUCCGGUAUCGAAGUUCUAAUCGGCGUUCCAAAUUCCGAUCUACGUUCGCUAACUAAUCCUUCUUCAGCUAGAUCAUGGCUUCAAAACAAUGUUCUUAACCAUUACCCUGCCGUGAGUUUCAAGUAUAUAGCCGUUGGUAAUGAAGUUUCUCCGACCAACGGUGGUGAUCUUGUGUUACCUGCGAUGCGUAAUGUUUAUGAUGCACUUAGAGGUGCGAAUCUUCAUGAUAAGAUUAAAGUUUCUACUGCGAUUGAUAUGACUUUGAUCGGAAACUCUUUUCCUCCUUCUUCCGGUGAGUUUCGCGGUGACGUUAGGUGGUAUAUCGAUCCUAUCAUCGGGUUUCUGACGAGUACAAACUCGGCGUUACUCGCAAACAUCUACCCAUACUUCAGCUACAUCGGAAACCCACGAGACAUCUCUCUCUCAUACGCUCUCUUCACUUCUCCUUCCGUUAUCGUCUGGGACGGAUCUCGCGGUUACCAAAACCUCUUCGACGCAUUACUCGACGUCGUUUACUCCGCCGUCGAACGAUCUGGCGGCGGUGGAUCUCUUCCGGUCGUCGUUUCCGAGAGCGGUUGGCCAUCGAACGGCGGAACCGCGGCAAAUCUCGAUAACGCGAGAGCUUAUUACACGAAUCUCGCGACUCGUGUGAGAGAGAACAGAGGAACGCCUAAGAGACCUGGGAAAGGAGUAGAGACGUAUUUGUUCGCUAUGUAUGAUGAGAAUCUGAAGAAUCCUGAGAUUGAGAAGAAUUUCGGUUUGUUUUUUCCUAAUAAACAGGCGAAAUUUCCGAUCAUAUUCUCCGCCGUGAGGGACGGUGCGGGUACGGCGGUUGAGUGA